ACAAACUUUCUGAUGACGACAUUACGGUUUGCGGUUUUUGCAACAUACAAACAGAAACCCACAAAACACCUCGCUGUAACCAUUAAAACCUUUGUCACCAAUCGUUUUGCCAGCUUCCGUAUAGCUCAACAUUGGGCGUUUAUUCCGCCAAGAGAGCAACGUCUUUACUCCCGUCGAUUUUCCGUCAAGCUCUUCGCGGGAUGACAACAAACUAUAAGCUAACAGCUAACCUUAGCUAAGCUAACGACAAGCAAACUCUUUCACUCUCUUAUUAUUAUACAUCCAUGGUUUAGCUCCAGUCGAGGCCUGCAAAGUGUCGGUCACCCUCAGAGUGAAGUGGACACUCUCAUGGUGGUAUCAGUUCAAUGGGGAACUGCCUGUUUUCACAAGGUGCGGAUGACCUCUCGCUGCUGAACGAGUCCGAGGGGGACAGUCUGCCUGGAGAGCCUCCGCCGCCCUACCAGGAGCGCACCCAGCCUUUGCCAGUGUACCAUCCCACCCCAGGGGAGAGUCGUCUGGCUCAUCAGCUGACCGAGGAGGAGCAGGUCCGCAUUGCCCAGCGCAUUGGUCUGAUCCAUCACCUGCCCAAAGGCAUCUUUGACCCGGGCUCUGACCCCUCUGACAAGAAAGUUAAAGAGUGUGUGAUUUGCAUGAUGGAUUUUGAGUAUGGCGAUCCCAUUCGGUUCUUGCCCUGCCUUCACAUCUACCACAUGGAUUGCAUUGACCCCUGGCUGAUGCGCUCCUUCACCUGCCCCUCCUGCAUGGAGCCGGUAGAUGCGGCCCUGCUGUCCUCUUACGAAACCAAUUGAGCAGCCCCAUGAUGGCUGCUCCUGCCUAAAAGUAACUGCAUCUUUUUAGCCCAAACUGGUCCUAGCUGUUCAAACAGGUAGCCAUGUGAUGUGGCAUUAUGCAGAUGUUCGGAGGGUGUUUUAGGAUGCAGACAGGUGUGGAUAGCUGUGCCCUACAGGAAAUUGCUUAAGUCUGAUAUCCACCUAUUUGAGCUUUGGAAACUCUUUGCCUUUUACAGUAGGACAAUGUGCCAAAUCAAGCUAGAUGAAGAAUAAGGAAAGCUGUACACGUUGCACAUCAUAUCUGCAAAUUAAUUUCACUUCUGAAUGACUGACAGAUUUGUAUGGUUAUUAAAUGCAUGUCAGCAAUGUAAUUUACUUCCCCUUUUUAGAUGUAAUGUGCAAUAAGUAAUAUUAAGGGAGAAAAUGCAGAAAAUCUCUUGGUCAUGUGAAGUUACCAUGUUUCUCAAAUGAAC